AAAUGUUGACGUUUCUUCUUAUCAAUUUACAUAUUUGAUGUAGCCACAGUUAAUGAGUUAAUACAAAUUACAAUACAAAACUGGAAACUAUUAGGCUCACAUUUUACAAACUAAUAUUAUCAAAACUGGUUUUCGUUGAAUAGGUUUCAUUAAGUGAUUUAAAAAAAAAAAUAUGGCUGAACGGGAGCCCAUUAGUGGAUCAAGCCGAGACUAUGGGGCAAUUGCAGCACCUCCCACAGUUGCCUUCGCCGAUUUUAGCCCUACAGAACUGUAUAACCUCAGCGAAGGCAUUGCGGAUAAUGUGAACACCAUUAAUAAUGGAUUGAGAGCAUUAGAAAAGAUGAUGAAACAAAUUGGAGGGCCUAAUGACAGUAUUCAGCUCAGAGAUAAAAUCCAUGAUACUCAACAGAAUGUGAACAGUUCUGUGUCCGCAACAGCACGGGACAUUCAAAGACUUGGUGUGGUUGUCCGGAGAGGAGAUAAACCACAGAAGUUACAAGUCGAGAGACUCACGCAAGCAUUUAGAGAUGCUCUUGCAAAAUAUUCUUCUGUACAAAAGCAAGUGUCAGAAAAAAUGGCGGCUCAUAUGCCAACUCAAGGUCGUUCUAAGAACGAUCCUCAAGCUCUAGAAAGACAGGCUAUCGCAGAUGAUGAAGAAGCAUCGUUAUUAUCAAAUCAGCAGGCUCAGGCUCGUCUCGUUCAGUUCGAGACGAGUAUGCUCAUAGAGAAAGAAGCUUAUAUGAAUAAGAUCGAAGCUGAUGUCCUGGACGUCAAUCAAAUCAUGCAGGAACUAGCAGAUAUGGUGAGCGCCCAAGCGCAAUCCGUUGAUACAGUUGAAAGUCACAUUGAAGCUGCGAGCGCAAGUGUCGAAGCCGGCGUCGAUGAAUUAGCCAAAGCAGCUGAGUAUAAACGUAGAUAUAGAAGGAAAAUGAUGUUUAUCAUAUUAAUCGGAACAAUACUUGCGAUCAUAUUUAUUGUAUGGGUGGUAAAGGCAUUUAAAUAAAUACAUAACCAAAUUAUAUUUACAUAUGGCAAUCAUUUUAUUUUUAACUAUGCGCCAUAUAUUUUUUUUUUAUCAUCUCCAUUGGUCUUGUGUACCAACCAAACUGCAAAGAAAUCGUUUUCGAUUGUUGUGUAUAUAUUUAGUAACGAAUUCAAACGAACUUUAAAUAUAAUCUCCUUGAAUGUCUAACAACGAUUUAAAAACUAGAAAGGAAUGCUAAGACGUUUAUUCGUUCAUGUUAUUAUUGUUUUUAGAUAAUUGUAAGGAACUAAAAUGUUAUCGAAAACUGACCAAAUUUAAUCCCUUACGAUUGAUAAUAUAUGGUUUGUAUUUACUUUUAUUUAAACUCGUCUUUGAUUAUAAUUUAUAAUACUAGCGAGACGACAGUCGACAAUACUUUAGGAUGGUCAAACAUUCAAAUGUCAAAAUGACAUUGACAAGAGUGUAGAUAUUUCGUCAGUUUAUAUAAAUUUCGUCGAUACAAUUAUUAUUAAAAAAGAAUAUGAUUAUUUAGACGUUAUAUAAUCUAUGUCAUAUAAUAGAUUUUAUGCUAUAAGAUGUAUUUUUUUUUUAAUUUAGUAAAAGAUUUAUUGUACCUUAAUCGAGAAUUACUUAUAUGUUUAUAAUGGGCUCGAGUAGAUUUUAAAAUGUUUAAUUUACAAUAAAUGUCACUGGUCUAUACUAUAAAGAGACUGAUAUAAAAAAGGCGAUGAUAUAAAAAAAAACGGAAGAUUUUUUCAAUUUCUUUCAACUAAUUUGAGUGCAAGAAUGUAUUUUUACGUAUUAAACGUUAUUUGAGCGAACAAAUUUUUAAUAAAAGUAUUUAAUUUAAUUAUUUAUUUUUGUAAUAUUGUUUUCUCGUCUAUUUAGUCUUAAAAACAAAAAAUAUGAAUUAUUUUUAAAUCAAUCAUACUUGAUGAUAGACUUAUUACAAAUACCUCAGUAAUACCAGUGAAAUUUCACUAUUCAAUCGUGUCAAAUCCAAAUACAGAUCUAUCGAGCUACUGGCAACACUUGAAUUCGUUCAUAUACUGGUAAUAACUAAAUAAUAAAAUAUAAAGUUUUAUAAUCUUUAAAUUACAUACAAAUGUUCGUUUAAUUUCAACCAAACAAUAACUUUAAAUUUUUAUUUUAUAAUGCUAAAUAAAUAGUUUGCCAUGUAACAUGCAUAAUUGGUCCAUAAUUAUUGUUAUUUUUUUAUAAAUAAUAUUCCAUUAUCUGUGGAUCCUUUUUAAUAUAAAAGAAACGUAUCUGUUGCGAAGGCAUUAUGCUUGCAUGCCUUAAAAAUUAUUACUUUUGUCUUUGAUAGAUAAAAUAUGAUAUGGUCUGAUUUUUAAACUCCUAUGUAUUAUAAAAACAUUCAGAAUUUAAAACUAAAAUGAUAAUUUACAAGAGAUAUGAUGUUUUUUUUAUAUAGUUAAAAUUUUGUUGUUCGUUUUGUACGGUUAGCUUUAAUUCAUAGUUAUAUAGUUUGAUUUAUAAAAACAAAUGGACAUCAUAAACUGAUACUGAAAAUUGCUGAUUUAAUUUUGUACUACUUAGGUAUAGUCAGUAGGAUUCAUAAUUCAUAACGAAACUUUUGAUAAUGAUAACAAAAUAUCCUCGGGUGCUGUCCUGAUUUCUGUCUAUUAUCUAAAUAGCAUGAAGUCAAUGUUAGCAUUAUCAAAUGGAAGACACUUAAUUUAUUUUUAUAAACAGUAUUUAUUUUGUUAUUCUUAUUUAUUUAUUCCAUUAAAGCAACGACGAGAAGUACUUCUUAAAAUCGUUAUAUAGAAACUGUAACCCAAGUAUUUACCAAUUAUAAAUAAAUCAUUCUUCAAAGUUG